AUGAUUCAUUUAGAAGAGCAACAUUGUUGUUGUUUACUAUGUAGGUUGCGCGAACCAAUUGGAAAUCGAGUUGAACACGAUUCGCCUAGAGAAUGGUUGUACAACAAAACGAGAACAAUGCUCGGAUGUUGUAUACCUAAGGAUCCUUCGAAACAUACAAAUAAAUUGAUAAAUGAAGCGUUGGAGCGCGAUAGAAAAGCAUUGAAUGCAGAAUCCAAGUUACUUUUACUCGGUGCUGGAGAAUCAGGAAAGAGUACAGUGGUGAAACAGAUGAAAAUUAUUUUCACUGAAAAUGGUUAUUCGACAGAAGAAUGUCUUGAUUUCAAACCAGUGAUAUUCUCUAACACAAUUCAAUCCAUGCUCGCCAUUUUGCAAGCAAUGCCUCGAUUGAACAUUUCAUUCGCUGAUUCUACACGAGAAAAAGACGCUGUACUUAUUCUUAACUAUACAGAGUUGGAGACGACGAAUCACGAUGUGCUGCCAGAAAAUAUUAGUAAAGCCAUGCAAAUUUUAUGGGCUGAUGAUGGUGUCCAAAAAUGUUUUCUACGUGCUCGUGAAUAUUAUCUUAAUGAUUCAGCAGCAUACUAUCUGAAUUCGCUUGAUCGGUUGACUCAAGUUGAUUACAUUCCUACACAACAAGAUGUUCUACGUACUCGUGUAAAAACAACCGGUGUUGUCGAAACGGCAUUCACAUUGAAGAAUCAUCGAUUUCGAAUUGUCGAUGUUGGUGGUCAACGAAGUGAACGGAAAAAAUGGAUUCGUUGUUUCGAAGAUGUAACAGCGGUGAUAUUCGUUAGCGCUCUGAAUGAAUACGAUCUUGUCUUAGCAGAAGACAACAGUGUUAAUCGUAUGCACGAAAGUAUACAACUGUUCAAAUCGAUUUGCAAUAAUCGAUUUUUUCAACAUGCCGGAAUGAUUCUUUUUUUGAAUAAAAAAGAUUUAUUCGCCGAGAAAUUACGCUUUUCUCCUAUCGGCACAUAUUUUUCGGACUACAAUGGUCCCAACACAUACGAAUGUUCACUUCAUUACAUUCAAGAACAGUUUGAGAAAAUGGAUCUUCGUGAGAAGAAUCACAGCCAUCAACGUGAUCUCUACGUUCAUAUAACAUGUGCAACGGAUACCGAAACAAUGCAGUUCGUCUUUGCAGCUAUCUCAGAUAUGAUUAUUCAAAGUAAUUUUAUGCAUGCAGGAAUAUUUUAA